AUGAGCAACGUCUUGAACGAUCCUAGCGUCUGUAGCGCCAAAGGAACGGCCGCGACCGCGUUCGCUAAUAAUCGGCGGUGCCCGGCUAUUAUUACGGUCUGCGCAUUUGCAUACAUACGUACAAUCGUGUUGCAGGUUCUGCUCCUCAUUCUAGUCUGCGCGGUGCUCGCCGCGACGAUGCCGGCCGAGCCCGACGAGGGACAGACCGGCAGAUCGCGCAUCUCUGACGAACAACUGAACAUGGCCCUGAGCGACAAACGUUACUUGACCAGACAGCUCAAGUGCGCCCUAGGAGAAGCGCCGUGUGACCCGGUCGGACGUCGUCUGAAAAGUUUAGCGCCGCUGGUUCUGAGAGGCUCCUGCCCGCAAUGCAGCAACGAGGAGACACGUCAGAUCAAGAAGGUCCUUUCUCACAUUCAGCGAUCCUUCCCGAAGGAGUGGAAUAGGAUAGUGCAACAAUACGCCGGAGUUUCGUAAGCGAGAUGUGAUAUAAGCGAGCCGACCACGACGGGGCUGGAUGUACAAAGUGUAGUAACAGAAUACGAAGACAUAUAAUGGAUGUCAUCUAUGAGCAUAUAACACCGAUCACAUUCGUUCAUUUGAUAUUAUUGUUAACGACGACAUGGAAGAGCGUGUGGCGCAGCCAAGAGAGAUGACAUUUAAAUUAUAUUGUAUACACAUCGCGUGUACAAACCAUA